AUGGCUGGCGUGAAUAGGUCAUCGAACGUUGCCUGCCAGCUGCAAGCUGCACCGCGCUGCAAUAUUGCCCCCAUUCUGUACCAGGCUCCGGCUCUGGAGUACACGAAGCCUCUGUCUUAUGGCCCAUAUGCCAAGACUGUGAUCGCUGCUGAGCCAACCUACGCCAAGACUGUGAUCGCUGCUGAGCCAGCCUAUGCCAAGACUGUGAUCGCUGCUGAGCCAAUCUACGCCAAGACCAUCGUAUCGGAGCCCAUCUACACCAAGAACGUGUUCGCUGAGCCGAUCUACCCGGCCAAGACGCUGAUCGCUGAGCCCGUGUACGGCAAGAGCAUUCUCGCUCAGCCAGCUCCGAUCUACGGUGGAAAGGUUCUGUCCUAUGGCCCGCAGGUCGCCUACGGAGGCUAUGGAGCCCAUGGCUGGUAAAUGUUUUGACUGUGAUAAUGUACCGGCUGAAUGCGUGCUAAGAGAUAUAUGUGAUAUGUGCAAGAAUAAACGUUUAUUUAUGUAAUAUAAA